AUGCCUGUCUCCUGGGUCUGUUCCCCUUCGCCGGUCAGAGAGGGGAUUCGCACCCUGGGCUAUCCUGUCUGUCUGCACUGUGAAUACCUUGGAAACUGUAAAUCUCCAUGUGCUCUUUCCUCAGUGACAGCCUCUCCCUCUGGGAACCUGCGGACCGGUAGUGUGCUGACCCUCAGGUGUGGGCUGGACUGUGGAGCUGGACUGGGAAGCUGCUCCAGGGUUCCCGAGGGACUGACUGUGUCCUGGCGGAGAGAUCAGGAUCUCGUGGGGAAGGUGGACACGGGCAGAUCCCAGAUCAGAGAUUUCAGGACAUACAGUCAGCUCUCAGUGACUCUGCAGAGAUCAGAUCACAACAAGAACUGGGUCUGUGUGCUGGCGAAAGGAACCGAGCUCAAGACCUAUGAUACCUUCACCUCUGUACUCACAGAUUUCACCCAGGACCUGUACAGCAGUGUGGGAGGAUUCCUGCAGCUGCCCUGUGUGGACACUGUCCGUCUGGGACGAGGGGACAGACUGCAGUGGAGCUUCAGAAGAUCUGGCACCAUCACCUACCAUGCCCUGUUCACAUUACUGGGGAACGGAAGUCGGAUCACGGGGAUGGAGGUGGACGGGGACAGAGUGGACAUGACGGUCAACUCCUCCCUGCUGAUACGCAGCGUCCAGACGGGGGACAGCGGAGUCUACCUGUGUCUCCAGAACAAGGACAACCUUCAGGAGAUCCACCUCAACACCUUGUCAGGUCAGGAGCCUCUGCCCUCACUGUAAUUUGUCCUUUGGAUCCUGCUGCUGGUCAUCUGUGUUCAUCCGAGUGCGGAUUGUGUCCUGACAGACAUGAGCUACCGGCUGCAGUCAUAUCGUCCUCUUUGUUUAUGUCUGUUGUGGGAGGACCAGGGGAAGGGUCAUUUAUAUCCUGUGUCCUGAUGUAGCUCGCCCGUGUCUCCUUGCAUAGGCCUUUUCCAGCAGCGGGUCAGCUGGUACUCCUGAGCUAUAGAUGGCGGCCAUCUUGCUCAGGUCUAUAUCGAGUCUAUUAAGCGUUUCGUUCCGGAAAUACAGGUUCUAAAUGACCCUGGUCCUCUUACAACUGUGAAGGCCUUUCCUGCAAAUAUUAUUUCGUCUUGUAGUGUUAUAUCGUUGUAUUUGCGAGCAAUGUAUACAACGUCCUAUUUCUGUUGUACGCUGAGGAGUUACCAGCCUGGUCUGACAGGUAUAGUACAGUAUAGGGGGGGGGGCGCAUAUCUUUUGUUUUACUGCGCCUGUGAGUGAACUGUAGGACACGCCAUUUUCCUCCAGAAAUGGAACUAACAGAUCAAGCUCAGUGACACACUGCAGCUUGGAAUCCUGACUCCCUCGUGAUGUCUGGGCGGCUUCUGGGCUGUCCUGUUGUUUUAGCAACUGUUUUAGGACGGUACCUGAGGACACGGCUCUGAGAGUGAAGUGUGUCCCUUAGUCAUCACAGGGCUCUUCAAUGACCAAAGUGCAGUGUCUGAAUAAAUCCCAAGUGUUCUUCCAAACAGGAGCUGGCCCGUUUUCCUUACAGACGUGGACACCUGGUCCACCCCCCAGUUAUCGGAGUCUCCACUAUCACAAGGCAGGACAGGAGACACAGUGAGAGAGAGGAGAUCACAGGGAGUCCCUCAGUCA